ACGUAUUUUUUUUUUCUCAUUGGGUUAUACGAAUAUUAAUUCAAAAUAUUAAGUUAAGAUGAGUAGAAAACGUGGAAGAACUGUUUCUACGGACAGCGAAGACAAGGAGAAUGAUUUAGACAAACGGAUCAAGAGAUUGGAAGAAUUAAUUUGGCGUAAAGAAAAGAAGAAAGAAAAGAGGAGGCGCAGGCGUCAACACAGUUCGAGACAUUCUCGUGACUCUUCGGACUCUCGUCGUAGCUAUGAGGGCCGUCAGAGUCAGACGUCGAGACAAUCGUUCAGCAAUGAUGAGUCUGAUGUAGAGAAAGAUCUUGUACAUGACCGAGAGCGGAAUAUAGUCGGAGAUACACAGACAGACGAGAAUGCUGCGAACGGGACAGAACAGCGAAAUGAGACGCCAGCUACGCACGGUGCGAAAGACAUGGCGAUAGAUGAUGAUCACUCUGUUCCUCUUCAAGUCCCGGAAACUCGAAUCGAUUCAGGCGACGUUGUUUUGGAUCCAAAGAUCCUCGAGGUAAUGGGGAAACGUUUCCUCGAGGACCGAGUUUUGGCUGCUGCUAUCCCAAAUGAUUUGGGCAUUCGUUGGGAAGAGAUUUUGAAGAGUGGCAUGCCAUCAGAGGACAGAGUAGCUCUGAUUAAAAAAUACCCACCGCCAAAGAACUGCUGCAUCAUUGAUCCUCCGAAGAUGAAUCCGGAGGUUCGAGCGUCUCUGCAAGAAAUGAUAAUUAAGAGAGAUGAACGUAUAGAAGCUAAACAAUCAAAGAUCGCAGCUUGUUUAGCGGCGGUUGGAAAAAUUUUUUCUAAUAUAUUGGAACGGCGCAAUGAUCCUGACAACCUGGAUAUUUUUGAACAACUCAGCGAUAUUGGAAGACUUCUCUCAGACUUACAACAUGACGAAUCGAAUAUCAGAAAAAGUUUAAUAUUGGCUAAUUUGAGUGCACCUUUCAAGGAAGUGUUAAGCGGGUCGACUCCUGACGAAUUGCUCUUCGGAAAACAGUUGGAAGAAAGAUUGAAGGCUGCAAAGACGUUGGAAAAUUGCAAGAGAGAUUUUAAGGCAACGUUGAAACCUCAAAACGGUAACAAUUCAAAAAACUCAAGAUUCCCGCCUCGUCGAUCACAAGGAAAUCAACGACAGGCCUCGUCAGCACCGGGCGGGAAAAAACUGCAGAGUACGAGGACUCAACAUGCUCUAACCAAUCGACGAGGCAUUCAGAGAUACGAAAACAACUGGAAAACCAGUCACAGAUACGACCAUCAUCGUCAGAAACGAUACUAGAGUCUAGAUCCACAUCCUCUAUGGAAAAAGAAUACCCUGGUUGUCGGACUUUUGUCAGGAGAGCAUUCGAGCUGAAAGGUAUUCCAGAAGAGUCAAUAGAGAUAAUGAUCGCUUCGCUUCGAGAUUCAUCACUCAAGCAAUACAACAGUUCAUUGAAGAAAUUGUGGGAUUUUUGCAUUGGAAGAGAAAUCAGCCCUUUCCAAAUUUCCAUCGAGAAUGUGAUGAUAUUACUUACUAAUGAGUAUAACACCGGAGCUUCACGAGGCUCUCUGAACUGCCUACGAUCGGCAAUAGCUUUAAUAAUGGGUCCUGAAAUAGGCCAGGAUUUUAGAAUACGGCGAUUAUUUAAAGGUGUGUCUGAAUUACGUCCAUCAAAACCAAAAUAUGAGCAGACAUGGGACCCAAAAAUUGUCUUAGAUUACAUACGUACUCUUGAUUCAAACGAGGAGAUGUCUCUCGAGAUGCUCUCAUUAAAAUUGGUUACUUUACUUUCGCUGGUAACCGGACAUCGAAUGCAAACUUUCUCUUUAAUUAAAAUACAAAAUAUCGAAAGACACGGAUCGUCUGUGCAAAUAAAGAUUCCAGAUAAAAUCAAAACUUCCGCAGCCAACAGAAAACAACCUCUACUAGUUCUGCCUUUUUUUGACGAGGACAGGACAAUCUGUGCGGCAGCUACAUUAGACUCCUAUUUGUUAAGAACAAGAAAUUUACGUGGAUCAACAGAGUCAUUAUUUAUUGCUUUUAAGAAGCCUCAUAAGACUGUUUCUUCUCAAACAUUAUGUCGAUGGACAAAGAAUAUGUUGGCUAAGAGCGGCCUUAAUACUCAGAUUUUUUCAGCUCACAGUACUCGACAUGCGUCAACGUCAACCGCUAAAAUUAAGGAUGUCAGUAUUGACAGUAUUAGAGCAACGGCAGGAUGGUCCAGCAACUCACAAACUUUUGCUCGUUUUUAUAACUUACCAAUAGUUCAUGAUAAGGAGGCAUUUGCCCGAGCUAUAUUGCAAUAGUUACAAAUAUUGUUUCGUAUAUGUGUUGUU